UUCCAGGAAGCCGCCCUUUGUGGGGGCUGUAUUCAUUCGGAAUCCUUAUACCUAGCAACGGCAAGUCUGCCAAGAUCUUGACAGACUUUUUGUGCGCAAUCUACUAUUGCGUUCCAUCGUCGCGGCUGUCCAUAUAAAAGUAGACGAUGCGCUGGACUCGUCCUAGCUCCAAGUAAACUAUCCACAUCAUUCCAAGCUAUAGACAAUGUCGUUCACCAAUAUUAUUAAACCUACCUCUGUGAGCUACUCCGACGAAAGCCUUAAAGAGCCAGCACUCAAGCGGAACAACCCCGCAGUCAUUGCCGCCUUCUCAGUAAUGGCUGUUGCCUCUCUGGUUGGCGUUGGCUUCAUGGCGCAUUACCUAGUGCAAAUUUCACACUUUCAGCAUGAUAUACUCGAAAACAAGACGAAUCCUACUAAGGCAGCAAAAAUUAUAUUCGGGGUAGAUAUUUUCUCGUUUAUCAAACGCGCCAUGCUGCUUGGAAUAUUUUGUGUGCCAGCAUUCAUUAUUUCAGUGGCUGCACUUGUAGUAAUGGCUGUGCCCAGAUGGCGCAACCGGUGA